CUCCCUUCAGAAUUCGCUUGUAAAGGUGUGGCGGAUGUAGCAUUUAUAGUAGAUUCUUCGGGAAGCAUUGGUAGAAGAAACUGGGUAAAAAUGCUCCAGUUCGUCAAAGACAUGGUGAAAGACUUCAAUGUUGGUCCCCAGAAGACGCAUAUCGCUGUAGUCGCUUACAGUAACAAUGCCAAAGUCGAGUUUAAAUUCAACAGUCUCAAGGAAUCUGAAAUAACAGAGGAACGAUAUUACAGACUCAUCGACAGGAUGGGGUUUCAGAGAGGCUUUACGUUUAUUGACAAAGCACUCAUAUUGACCAACGAAGAAAUAUUUUCCACGGCUUCUGGAAUGAGACCUGGCUUACCGCAGGUUUGAAAAGAAUACUAGUCACGUUUUUGAGACGUUUUUGACCGCCAAACGUCCACUAGAAGUGGACUUUUUGUAUUCUGGGGGGUUGGUUUUGCCCAAAGUUUUAGGCAGGUCGUCUUUAUUACAGUGAAGACACUAAGAAAUACAAAUUUGGUUGCUUGAAGGCAUGUUAAAAUGUAAACCACCUCACUUCCGGUUGACGUGAGUCGCUGAAAAUCGCCUUUGCUAAUCAGCUCCCUAUUAUACCAUAAACUGCUACUUGGGCCCACACACCCCCGUAAGGGAGUUUUAGGAGGGCUUAUAAACGGAUGGGCUUAAUAUCUCAGAAGGGGCUUAUAACCGGAAUAGAAAAAGCGGUUCAAAACAAGCGAAAGCAGUGCUGAUCAAAAUACGUUUUCCAUUUACUGGCCGUAAAGAAAAGAAAAGCUACAGGGGGCUUAUACCCGGGGGCAAAUAAUCGGGGAUAUUUUUUUUUUACAAACUGAUGGGCCUAUAACUGGCCGGGGGGGGGGGAGGGCUUGUAAGCGGAAGUUUACCGGUACUCAGCUUUUUUUUUUCCUCUCACUGUUGUCAAAUGUCUUGUGCUAAUGAGUAUAUAAGUAGAAUUGCCGUUUAAUUCUUGUCUCUGUAUUGUAAGGGAUGCUUGUUGAAGUGUAAUUCUCGCCUACCUCUCAUUCAAUAUAAGAAUGCUCAAAUUAGUUUGCACUUGCCGGUAUAGUUUUGAAUGGGUUGUUAAAACUUUUUUCAGGGACUGAGAAAAAAUGGAAAACGGGUAUCUGUAAUGUGAGCUGUUCCCUUUAAUCGUCUCUCGCCUUCAUCGACGAUUUUAACCGAGAAACCAAUUGUAUUAUUUUUACGAACUGAUCAGCCCCCUAUACAGACUGUAGUUUAAGAGUUAGGGCCUGUUUACAUGGAGGAGGGGGACCCUAGGUAUAGAUGAGGUAACCCGCCUGUCCAUACAAUCUCUAAUUUUAAUUUGAUCACGUUUACAUGAUAGGUGGAGUGACCCGCCACAUGUUACCUCACCUAUCUGGGGUUCCCCACUCCAUGUAAACAGGCCCUUAGAAAUUAUAGUGUCUGUAAUGAAAACUUUUUAUGCUCCUGUUUCACAUGUUCUUCCUAAAACGUUGCUUGCGUUUUCACAUGACGUCACGUCCGCCAUAUUGGUCUUUCAAAACGAUCAAACGGCGGCCAUAUUGAUCUUCCAAACCAGCCCUGUCGGAGCUGAGUCUUUUUCUUACGUAAAACUAUCUUUUGUUUCAAUAAAUUUGCUUAGCUGCUUGUCACGUCGACGGAAAUGCUUUAUAGGACAAGAAAAUGAUGUUUCCUGACCGCUUAUAUUUCUUUGUGUUCUCUUUUCAGCACCUCUUACAACACCGAGUACAACAGGUAUUAAAUUCAUUACUCUUAUUGCUUAGCUAAGUUUUAUAUUGUCACGAAUUAUAGAUAAAUUUGGUACUUGUAUGGGUUUAUUAAGAAAAUACAGAUUUAACACAUGAUCCUUUUCCGUCUAGAGUAAUAAAUUUAUCAAUUAAGGACCUCUUUUGCCUGGUCUAGGAGCUGCAACUUACGGAGCAAAAGAUUCAAUGCCAAAUGAGUUGGCGAAAAAUUGCGAGUAAACUUUUUUAUACUACGUUGGUAUUUUAUAACUCUUUAGACAAUUUGAUAGGGUGAAAUGCAGAAAAAAAAAGCAAAAAAUAACUUUCUUUUUGUUUGGAACACGUGCUGAAUGGGUGGCUAUGCGUUUCUUCGCCUUUCUAUGAGGUGAAUUGCCUGCCCAACAGUGACACACAAUAUACACAAACAACGGAUUUAUUUAAAAAUUCUCAAUACAAAUAAUCCAUGGGAAGCAUACGAAAGUUAAAAAGCCGAACAAAACAAAAAUGCAUGUUUAUGCCAGACGAACAUAUUUCACCACCAAGCCUCGCUUUACAAUUAAAAUAAAACAUUUCCCCCGGUAGAAGAGUUAGAAAGAAUACCCUGCACAGAGAGUGGAAUGGGAAAUAACAUUGUUCGCAAACAAAGUUUGGUGGUGAAGAUUUCUUUUCUGACGUAACCAUGCAUAAGGCCUAAGUCGCCGCAUGUAAGGAGAACGAAGACAGUCAUGGAUUUCGGAUUCUACAACGUGGAUUCCGGAUUCCAGGCGCUGGAUUCCGGAUUCCACAAGCAAAAAUUUGCUGGAUUCCGGAUUCCACAAGAAAAAAUUUGCUGGAUUCCGGAUUCCACAAACAAAAAUUUCCCGUCUUCCGGAAUCCGGAGAUUCCCUUACAUCCAGCUAUUGGUCAAAGCAGGACUCCAUGCCUCGUACUCCUAAUUUCGGGUGACCAACAAGCUGAAGCUGGACUGCUCUGAUUACUCUAACUGAUUACGUUGAACUUGUUCCCUCUGUCUUGCUCCCUUCAGAAUUCGCUUGUAAAGGUGUGGCGGAUGUAGCAUUUAUAGUAGAUUCUUCGGGAAGCAUUGGUAGAAGAAACUGGGUAAAAAUGCUCCAGUUCGUCAAAGACAUGGUGAAAGACUUCAAUGUUGGUCCCCAGAAGACGCAUAUCGCUGUAGUCGCUUACAGUAACAAUGCCAAAGUCGAGUUUAAAUUCAACAGUCUCAAGGAAUCUGAAAUAACAGAGGAACGAUAUUACAGACUCAUCGACAGGAUGGGGUUUCAGAGAGGCUUUACGUUUAUUGACAAAGCACUCAUAUUGACCAACGAAGAAAUAUUUUCCACGGCUUCUGGAAUGAGACCUGGCUUACCGCAGGUUUGAAAAGAAUACUAGUCACGUUUUUGAGACGUUUUUGACCGCCAAACGUCCACUAGAAGUGGACUUUUUGUAUUCUGGGGGGUUGGUUUUGCCCAAAGUUUUAGGCAGGUCGUCUUUAUUACAGUGAAGACACUAAGAAAUACAAAUUUGGUUGCUUGAAGGCAUGUUAAAAUGUAAACCACCUCACUUCCGGUUGACGUGAGUCGCUGAAAAUCGCCUUUGCUAAUCAGCUCCCUAUUAUACCAUAAACUGCUACUUGGGCCCACACACCCCCGUAAGGGAGUUUUAGGAGGGCUUAUAAACGGAUGGGCUUAAUAUCUCAGAAGGGGCUUAUAACCGGAAUAGAAAAAGCGGUUCAAAACAAGCGAAAGCAGUGCUGAUCAAAAUACGUUUUCCAUUUACUGGCCGUAAAGAAAAGAAAAGCUACAGGGGGCUUAUACCCGGGGGCAAAUAAUCGGGGAUAUUUUUUUUUUACAAACUGAUGGGCCUAUAACUGGCCGGGGGGGGGGGAGGGCUUGUAAGCGGAAGUUUACCGGUACUCAGCUUUUUUUUUUCCUCUCACUGUUGUCAAAUGUCUUGUGCUAAUGAGUAUAUAAGUAGAAUUGCCGUUUAAUUCUUGUCUCUGUAUUGUAAGGGAUGCUUGUUGAAGUGUAAUUCUCGCCUACCUCUCAUUCAAUAUAAGAAUGCUCAAAUUAGUUUGCACUUGCCGGUAUAGUUUUGAAUGGGUUGUUAAAACUUUUUUCAGGGACUGAGAAAAAAUGGAAAACGGGUAUCUGUAAAGUCAUCGAAAAAGUAAAAGAUCUCUUCGGCACCCUAUUAUUACAAGCUUCUACAAUACUUGAAAAAAGUCUGCCUUGAACCCACCAUACUGAUGCGAGGAGGAUAUUUAUUCAUUAUAAUGUUUCAGUACUUUGGUGCUUGUGUCGCCCAAUGGCCAUUUUCUCUUUUCUUGUGUAUGCUUUUACGUGGCUUUGUGCGGGUGUGUUGUGGCUUAAUGGUCAUGCGCACAGGAGAACAUAACGCAGCAACCUGAGCCGGAAAGUGCCUAGCAGAUCUUAAAAGGCGAAUUUUUUCCUAGCUAACUUUCCAUUAUCACCCUCUUUGUAGCACCAUAUAAAUUACUCAUUCGUAGCCUAACAGCAUCAAGCUGUCCGCUAUUCCAACUGUUUUCGAUGAAAUUAGGGGGUGGACAAUCAAAACCUUAUAAGAGAGACAAACUUCUAGUACCACGUAGUAUUUUUGCAUUUUUGAAUGGCUGGUAAUGGGUCGUUAGCAUCUAAACAAUCACACUGGACAAAAAUUCUUUUCUGGAGAGCAUGAAAGGCUGUGGGGCAAAACCAAUAUAUAAUUUAAUAUGAAGGUUGAGUUAUCUUUCCUUGCAAGAAAUUCGAUUCUUUUUUUCAAGUUACCGGUUUUACUAGCUCUUUUUUUUUUUCAACAGAUUGCUAUUGUUAUCACGGACGGCGAACAAACAACCAACAAAGGACCUUACACUCCACUUUCAAUAGCAUCCAGAGGACUCAAAGACAAAAAAGUUAGAGUCUAUGCCCUUGGAAUCGGCAAAAGAAUUAAUCGCGAUCAGUUGAACGAAAUAGCCAGUUCAAAUGUCAACAUCUUCACAGCUACCAGUUUCUCAGAACUUGCACCCUUAGCGCAGAUUAUUGUCCAAUAUUCAUCAAACCCAGGUAGGCCUUGACAGAUGCAUACCAUUCAUCCUCCAAAAUGACAGUCUACGUCUACGUCUACUUGUCCGGUCAAUUCUCCCCGUAGAGAAAGCCGGAAAUACACCUUGUUUUUUGUUUUUCGGCGUCUUGGUAAUAUAACGUAUACCGAGUGUUCUCGUCAAAUCUUAAGGAGCGGGCGCUGAGCGGGCGGUGUUAUACUUAGGGCACUUAGGGCCCGCGCCACAGGAUUCGAAGAGAACGUCCCGUGUUGAUAGAAUGCCCAUCAGCUUCUGAGUCAAAGAAAAGCGUGUUUGCAGGCUUUUCUACAAGAAAUAUAUAGGGAUAAUUGACCAGAAAAUACAAAACACUACUUAACAUCAAACCUUUAUUUAGUUGACAUCCAUGUUACCUAUGGUCAUGGUUUGUUUUUGAAUUAAUGCAAACUGAUUAUGACCAGCAACCACUUCGUUCUGCCGCAAUAGUUGUUAUUCAUCACGGCCGACGCAUCAUACCUGAGGAUCUAAUAAUAAUAGAGCAUCAUUUGUAUUUGAUUCUAUGAAUUGAUGGCGACGGCUUACGACUUGCUUUAUUUCCAUUCCAUUUCAAACUUUCCAGUCUUAAAAUAUCAAAUUACGUACUUUAAUUCAUCAUUCAUUUAUUUCCUGAAUGGCUGCUUACGUGAGCUGGCAAGAUGAAACGACUAUUCUGAUUUUUUUUUGUUCUUGCGUCUUAACUGUUUCUUAGUUACUUUUCUCAGUGUUCUGUGUCCAUUGAUUGUGUAUGUUUCAUUUUCAGAAAAUCAUUUUGUACUAUCAAAUGCGACAGGUACGUACGUAUCUACAAUCCCAGACAGAAGUCCUUGGGAUAGCGAUGCAGUAUUCCUAAUUAUCUGAAAUUGUGAAUGCCCUCAUAAAACAGUUCAAUCGUUCAGUUAUCCCUCCCCCCACCAUACAUUAAUUUGAAACUAAAAAAAAAAAAUUUUGAAUACCCGCGUCCACAAUCGUUUGUGGGGUGGGGCAGGAGAGGGGAUGGGCAUGUUUUGAUCAGAAAAGGCCGACAAAAGCCAAUUUUUCCCAAAACUUUUGCCGAUGACUGUUUUUUUUUUUUUAAGUUUUCAGCGUUACUAGUCAUAGAUUAGACAUAGUUAUUUGUGAAAGUGAGUCCAUUAAAUUAACAGGAUAAAACUGUUUUGAGAACGACCCCUUCUCCUGUCCUGAAAGUGGCACUUAAGCAUGAUUUGAUUUGAUCCCGCAUCAUGCACAAGUUCAUUCUUACUCUCUUAAACGACCCGUUUAAAAUUCUUAAAAAAGGCUGUUUUCAUAUUUUUCUCAGAUUACCCGUAACAAAUAACUCACAGGUUCUACAUUCCAUGACGGCUCUCUUUCCGAGCGCGUGCACUGAAUGGGUGGACAAACAGGAGUUAAAUUCCUCGUGCAUAGAUAGAAUAAACGCUUUGUUUAUUGGGAAUGCAUUUAGCUCAUUUAACUACUUAACGAGCGCUCCUCUGAUAGAGUCAAAUGCAGCCUCGUCUAAUCCGUAUGUUUUUGAAACAGAAAUAUUUUUGGAUACGAAUCGACCUUUAGUCCACACGUAAGUCGUAAUCCGCACACCGAAACCGCAGAUCUUUUUGAAACCGCUUUCCAGGGUGUUUCUUUUUUGGAUCCGACGGGCUUGGUGAAUUCGUGUAGACGACUGAAACCGGAUGCUUUUCAUGUCUGCCACGUCCCGAUAAACUCCGGUCCAGGCUUAAAUGCGAGCUUCUAAAUUCAUUAUGGUGGGCAAUACUGGAACAAUUCCAGUAUACACCAGAAUAUUUGGAUUGGAGCAGUUUCCAGUCGUCCUUUGCCUUUCGCUUCGAUGUCUUGUAGUCGCUGGUUAUUUUAACAUAAGUUCGGCUCUAUCGUCGCUUCGAACGAAUGAACUUGCAGUUUGCGUGCUCACUUCUCAGUAACAUUCCUGCUUGAGACAUUCCUAAGAUAUAAACUCACGGCUGCGGGCUAAAAGCGCUGUAAUUAGAAAAGACAUAUGACCGGUGUGCCCGACGUAGCUACAACGAUUUGCGCAUGCACACAAGCUAGUGGUCACAGUAACCUAUUCUUGUGGAUUGGUGAAUCGAAACCAGAUAUACUACACUGAAUUCUUACUGAGGCAAAUAUUGAGUAUGCGGUUUCAGCGUAAUCGGAUUCGUGUGGACGUGGCCUGAUACUCCUAAUGAUUCAUAAACCAAAAUGGGGAAACACUUGGCCUUUUUUCAGGAAUUGAAAUUGGUAGAACAAAUCGAAGGUCUGCUUUGCGCAACAUCCGUAUUUGACUUAUUUCGAGUCAGAUUUCCCGACGAUUGGACUACCUCACUCCCCUAAUUAAUUUCUCUCUUAACUUUAACUCUUUUUAGAAUCCGCUUGUAACGCCGUGGCAGAUGUCGCAUUCAUCAUAGAUUCUUCGGGAAGCAUUGGUAGAAGAAACUGGGCCAAGAUGCUUCAGUUCAUCAAAGACUCGGUAACAGCCCUAAAUGUUGGUCCUCAGAAGACGCAUAUUGCUGCGGUCGCUUACAGUACUGAUGCCAAUGUCGAGUUUACAUUUAACAGUCUCAAGGGAUGUGAGUUAACAGAGAAAGGUUACCACAGUCUCAUUGACAGAGUUCGGUUUCAGAGAGGCCAUACCUUUAUUGAUAAGGCACUCAUGCUUGCCAAUGAGAAAAUAUAUACUACAGUUGCUGGUAUGAGACCUGAGUUGCCACAGGUAUGGAAAAUCCUAGUCAAACUCAUUAAAAAUAAAUAAAUAAAUAAGAGAAUAAAUAAGUAAACAACAACUCAGUUGGGGCGUCAGUUUUUCAGGGUCUUCAUGGCCAACAUCACUAGAGCACGCGAAAAUAAGAGGAAAAGAAAAAAAGAGAGAGAAAAAAGAGAAAUAAACAAGCAUACACUGCAAAAGCUUGCUAUAAUUUAAGCGGGAAUUAUCGCAGCGAAUGGGGUACCUUGGGUGGGGCUUGACUGACAUGCAGAGGACAUGGAUAAUAUGAUAUGAAUAAUUAUAAAGAUCGCAGAGGGUGUUACUCUAUGCCUUGUCCAAUAAUUGUUUUCGUGAUCAUUUAAAAUAGUUCAAACUUCAAAAUAUGCUUACCUUGUUUCCGUCUUCAUAACCUGGCGAAUUAGGGAAACAAAGGGAUAUAAAUAGGAUUUGUCAACUAUCGGUUGGUAUUUAUGCUGUUCUCAUGGUGUAUUUUAGGGCAGUUAGUAGUUCGGAUGAUUGCUAAGUUUGAUAAUAUUUUCCUUUUCUAGCAUCAUUAUUUUCUACUUAAAUUCGGACCCUCAUUAAGCUCCUAUUUUUUCUUUUGGAAGGAAUCUGAGAUUUUUUUUCCGAGCAACUCAUUUCACUAAUUAUCAUUCGCUUUGUCAGAUUGCAUUGGUUAUUACCGACGGCGAACAGACAUCAAACCAAGGACCUUACACGCCUCUUUCACUAGCAUCCAAAGGAAUCAAAGAUAAGAACGUUGAAGUUUACUCUCUUGGAAUCGGCAGAAAUGUUAAUCGAGAUCAGCUGGAAGAUAUAGCCAGUUCCAAAACAAACGUCUUUACGGCUGCAAGUUUCUCAGAACUUACAUCCGUGGUGCCGACCAUUUUCCACAGGUUAUGCCCAGGUAGGGUUUAGCAAUUAAGCGGAAUGAUUAGUUGAAGCAAAUGUUCAGCCAAUGACAAACACUACCUAGAAGAAGGAAAUGUUACGUCAUCAGUAUGAAAUUUCUGCGCUCGUUCACCCUAUUUCAUUUUGUGGGGGGAAACUGUUCGUGGUGUCGCGAAAUGUCUGCUGUUCAUCGCAGGCUACAUUUAGCGCGACUGAUAUUAUGUGCAUCCACUGUAAAAUGUUGUGUGUCCACUCUAAAGAAAGAGGCAACAUACACUUUUCUUCCUUUGUUGGAUUACUUAAAAUUUAAAAAUACAGCAUUAAGACCCCCUGAAGCUGAUUCAGAACGUACAUGAGAUGAGUUGAUUUUUUUUUUCUGUUUGCAUCAGUGCAACCUCAAAACAUCCAGUUAACAGUGAAUGACUCCAGCUUCUGUCAGGGUGAUGUCUUUAGUUUAAGCUGUUCUACUGAUCGUAAACCCGCCGCGGAAGAAUACCAGUUAUUUGAGAAUGAUGUCCUUGUCAGUAGAAGCAGCAGCAGCCCGUUGAUUUGGACUAAAACAGCAUUAGCUGGAGGAGAGUUCGUUUAUAGAUGUGUGGCUGAAAACUCUGCAGGGACUGCAAAUGCCACAAGGACAAUCACUGUAAAUGGUAAAGUUAUAUUGCAUUAAUUUUUCGUUUUGUGAAGUUGAUAAUUUAACCAUAACCCUUUUAGUCCCAAGAGUGACUAAAAUCAAUUUUCUCCUAUCAAAAAGUGAAUAUUAAUACAUUAUCAAGAGAAGAGGUUAUGAGAAGUAAUAAAAUUAUCACGAAAGUGAAAAUGCUUGGAUCUUUUAUCAAAUUCUCUCAACCAAUUCCUUAAGGAAAUGUAUGGAGAUCAGUUUAAAGAAUUUGCAAGUGGAUAUUGGGGCUUAAUUAAAGGGUUAAUCCAGAUAAGUUAUAGUCGAACUCUACUUUUGAAUAGCGAGAAGUACCAUCCGAGCUCUAAAUAACAUCACCGCCGUGGAGGGUGAAAAUUGGAUUCUGACUUGUGGUGUUACUGGGAAUCCUGCGCCAUCAGUAUCCUGGAUAGAAGUUAGAACUGGCAGCCGCACUGGAGGGAACAUCCACGAGCUUGUUAACAUCAGAAGGAAUGACGCUGGUGAAUAUAAAUGUGAAGCAAGCAGUCUUUGUGGAAAUGACACAAAAAGCACCUUUCUAAUCGUACAUUGUAAGUGAUUGCUAACUUACAGACAAAGUAUUGGUUAAUGCAUUAUCACUGAAUUCCUGGCUUACUAAAAUACUAAAUACAACUUGUGCAAUAACUGGUAUUAGAACUAUAUAACCCAAAAAGGCAAUUUUAAGUUUUGGCCUUGAUUUUUAAGAGAAAGCAUGAGGCGAACUCUGCGUCCUCACCAAACAAGGAUCCAACCAGUCCGUAACUUUCAUGCAUAAAUUAACUAACAUGGAUAUGGGCUUUGGGGCCCGUUUCUCGAAAGUCCCGGUAACUUUUCGGGCCCGAAACCAAAUAUUCAAAUCAAAAUAUAAAGAAUAAGAGCGCCGGUUCUAGCUAGCAAACUACUCCAUUUUGUUUCAUUAACUGAUAGUUUUAUCUUGUUAGAUGAAAAACUAUUGAAACCUCAAUCUUUAAUGUAACUGGAGUCAGCUUACCGGGCCCGUUUAUUAUCGGGACUUUCCAGAAACGUGCCCUUGGUCACCUCCAAAAAAUCGCGAUAAAUCUGAAAGGUUAUUUACAGGCCGUAACUGGAAUAGCUUAGAUUCCAAAAAAAAUAUAGUGUGACGAAACCGAAAUUGGUAGUAAAGUACAAGGCGAAAUGCCCCGAAAUAAGUUCGAGCCCUCCAGUAGAAAUGGAACUUACGUUUCCCAGUUACUUUUGGACGCUCUACCCAUUGAACAAUGGGUGACUCAUAUGGUGAGCAGGUCGUAAGCUUUGGAGUAGUCAAAGGAGUACACUAGACACGGUCGUACUUUCGGUCACCCUGUGACAGUCCAUCAUGCCUCUGACCAAAAUUUUAUAAGAUUAUUUUAUAAGAUUUUCUUUUCGAACGUCAAGCAACACUGUGCGUACUACUACUACUACUACUACUACUACUACUACUACUACUACUACUACUACUACUACUACUACUACUACUACUACUACUACUACUACUACUACUACUACUACUACUACUACUACUACUACUACUACUACUGCUGCUGCUGCUACUACUACUACUACUACUACUACUACUACUACUACUACUACUACUACUACUACUACUACUACUACUACUACUACUACUACUACUACUACUACUACUACUACUACUACUACCACUAUUACUACUACUACUACUACUACUACUGCUGCUGCUGCUGCUGCUGCUGCUGCUGCUACUGCUACUGCUACUACAGAAACAGACAGAUAAACAAACAAACAAGUAAAAGUAAAGUCUUUCAAUGAGCACUGCUUAUAAGUAAAAGUACAGUGUCUUUAAAUGAGCACUGCUUAUCAGUGAACAUUCGUGUUUUACUAUCCAUAGCAGUGUGCCCAAUCUUUUACAAUUCAACUUAACGUGUUUUUGGUGAAGUUAAGAAAUGUAGCAUUUAAAACUCACGAAUCUUUAUCAAAAUAUACUUGAAACAAGUUGAAUCUCCCUUUUUCCGUUUGCUUUAGUCAAGCCCGAAAACGUACAGUUGGCAGCGAAUGACUCAAGCGUUUGUCAGGGUGAUGUCUUUAGUUUAAGCUGCUCUGCUGAUGGUAACCCUGCCGUGGAAGUCUAUCAGUUAUUUGAAAAUGAUGUCCUUGUAAGUAGAAGCAGCAGAAGCCCAUUGGUUUGGAGUAAAACAGCAUCAGCUGGAGGAGUGUUUGCUUACAGAUGUGUGGCUGACAACUUUGUGGGGACAGCAAGUGCUACAACAAAUGUGACUGUAAACGGUAAAAUAAUUUUUAAUUUGUGCAUAUUAGUUAAUUGUUUAACUUUCAAUACAAAAUAUUAAAUAACACCCUGACUUUUUUGUCUAUGACAGUAAGACCUGUGAUACAGACUCUGGAUAACAUCACUGCAGUCGAGGGUGAAAACUGGAAUCUGACCUGCAGUGUUAAGGGGAGUCCUGUGCCAUCUUUAUCUUGGAUAGAAGUUAGAAAUGGAAGCCGAACAGACGGGAACGUCCGUGAGCUAAUCAACAUCCGUAGAAGUGACGCUGGUGAAUACAAGUGCGAAGCAAGCAAUCUUUGUGGAAAUGACAUCAAGAUCACAUUUCUGAUUGUAAACUGUAAGGGAUUGCCGAUUAAAAUUUUUUAAUGUAAUAUUUUAUCAUAAAAAAUGGUUUAUAUAAAAAUAAACUAUUUGCCUAAUAUUUGAUUUGCGAAAUAAGAUAUGAAAAUCUAAUGUGAUAAUUUGAUCCUAAAUCUCAUUUAUAACUGUAUUUGGCAUUUUUUGUAAGUUUCUAAUAAUUUUGAAUUAUAAAAACAGCCCGUAAGUAUUUUUGCGUAUACAACUGUAGGUAAUAAUUGCGCCUAUACGUAGGCUUGUGUGGCUUGCAUGAGAAAUCGCUUAUACCGGCGCUUCGCUCACCUCGAAAACUUGAUUUUGAGAACUCCACUGUGUUACAGCCUAAUUAAUAAUCGAUAAAAGUGUAUGCCUUAAGUAAAGAAAAUUUCAUUUUCUUGUGCAUGUUUCUCAUGAUAACAAUCGGCACGAAAGAUAUUGUGGAUAAUGCAGGGUUCCGUAAAUCGUUUGUCUCAUGAUCGAUUGUCACAUAGAUAUUGAUCGCAACGUUUCAACCGCGUGCUGCAGGUUUUCAUCAGGCAAUAGCGUCGAUUUACUGCGUAGAACUAUUUGUACCGCCAUGGUUGGUACUAUUAUUAUCAUUAUAAUGGUUUACUUACACUAACUUGACAGCUUUUCGUAUCAAAGGAGGGUCAGCGUGCUCGCCGAGGUCGCCUUAGUUAAGGUCGUCAGAUGGGGAUUGGGCACCUGAUUCUUGCAUACAAUGUAGCUAUACUCAGCACUUAAUUUUGUGUCCAAUUUAAAGGAUUAAGUUUUCGUAUAUUUUGGUCUUUGAUUCGUAAUUUGUUGAAAUCUAGAGGAAUUUUCUGAAUUUACUUGAAGAGAAUUGAGUUUUCGUGUUUUUUCUUUGUUUCAGUUAAACCAGAGAACAUCCAAUUAACAGUUAAUGACUCAAGCGUUUGUCAGGGUGAUGUCUUUAGUUUAAGCUGCUCUGCUGAUGGUAACCCUGCCGUGGAAGUCUAUCAGUUAUUUGAAAAUGAUGUCCUUGUAAGUAGUAUCAGCAGAGGCCCAUUGGUAUGGAGUAAAACAGCAACAAUUGGAGGGGUGUUUGUUUACAGAUGUGUGGCUGACAACUCUGUGGGGACAGCAAAUGCUACAACAACUGUCACUGUAAAUGGUAAAUAAGCUACUUAUUUGAUACUUCAAAACGACCUAUACUUGAUACUCAUUGAAUGAUCAAUGCUACUGAUUUCUUCAAGUACCAGUGGGAAUGUGUUCCUGCCACCUGGGACUUAAUCGCGAAGAUUCUUAAGUCAUGAAAGCGAUCCAAGAAGCCUCUCUGAUUGACUUAAUUGUAAAGAAUUAUUACAUAGUAAUAUAUUAAUGGUAUUCCUCUCCAUUGUAUAAAAUAAUGAAUAAUUGAUCGAUGAAACUCAUAUUAAUGAGAUCCUAAUUUUCUUUUUAAAUAGCAGGAAGUACUAUUCAGAUUCUUCACAACAUCACAGUAGUAGAAGCUGAAAACUGGAAUCUGACUUGUAGUGUCAGUGGGAAUCCUGUGCCAUCAGUAUCCUGGACGAAAGUUAGAACUGGUAGCCGUACAGAAGGGGACGUCCGUGAGCUUAUUAAUAUCCAUAGAAGUGACGCUGGUGAAUACAAUUGCGAAGCAAGAAAUUUUUGUGGAAAUGACAUCAAGAGGAUAUUUCUGUUUGUACACUGUAAGUGA